AUGACGAUCUGUAAUUGUAACGCCCGAACGCAUGCAUCGGACGCGGCCAUUGAAGAUCUGGUGAUGCAAGACAGGAAGCUUAAAAGAAGAGGAGAGAAGGCCGUGAAGCUCAAAAAGCGAAGUCCUGGAGCCAUCAUCGACUGCCUCUUCGCUUUGCUGGUCGACUUUUGGGAAGAUACUACAAUGAACAACAUCGACAGCGAGAAUGAACGGCUCUUAAUACGACAACAAGGAGCUGCACGAGCUGCAGACAACCACGGACUCAAGUCCAAGAUCGCAAUUCUUUGCAGAGAGGCGAUAAAAGAAGACCUCAAAGAGGGAAGAGCAGAAGUGUUGGCUGAUGCUCCAGAGGAGGAAAAGAACGUUAGCUACGCUCAGCGGAUCUUCGCCAAUCCUAAAAAAAGUACGACAGCUCUGCGAAACUCAGAUGGCACCCAUUCACUUCUGCUCGGAUCUCUUCGACAACCACGUCCACUUGGAUGGUCACCAUUUGAGGAAAGAUGCACUUGUCAUACUAGAGGUCUCCUUCUGAAGUUCGAUAUGUUAUUUUAUCGGUGA